CAGAGGAACAGUUCUGUGACUCAGCAUGUCUUCGAUUCGCUUUAAAUGACAGGAAGAGACAGAGACAGCCUCUGGCCGAGACUUCUGCUCUAGUUAACCUUUUCGACUCGUAAGGUUUCUGACGUAACUCCAAACAGAGCCCGAGCCACGAAUACCACUGGAAGAGGAUAAAAGCAUUCAGCAGAAUCGGACGGCAGUAAAGAUCACAGAUCACUUCUCCUCUCUGCCCGAGACAAACACAGAACCAACCGAACGAAAAUGACGGGCAUUUCACAUCAACCGCAAGACAAGGAGUCUGUCGAAGGACUGUCUUUUAGAACGAGGAGCGAAGGUUCUGCUUUGAUGCCCGAGUUGUCUGCAAACUCCUUUCCUGAAGGCUCUUUCAUUCCAGACUACAGAGAACCAGAGCUUCCGCUCAGCCAUGGGAAGAAGUACCACGCCAGCAUGAAGAACCUGAUUCCUGUUCGCUUCAGCUCGGGAUCAAACCCCAUGGACGAUGCCGGAUUCUUCUCCUUCAGCUCGUUCACAUGGAUGACACCCAUGAUGUGGAAGUUGUACAGGAAUCAUCUGGAUAAAGACUCUCUCAGUCUUUCUCCUCACGACGGAGCGCACGCGAACGGAGAGCGGUUCAUAAGGAUGUGGGAGGAGGAGGUGGCCCGUGUGGGCAUCGAGAAAGCUUCCCUUGGCGCAGUAGUGAUGCGUUUUCAGAGGACUCGUUUUAUAGUUUCAUCCAUCGUCUCAAUUCUGUUCACAUUGUGUGUGUUUGUAGGACCGUCUAUUCUGGUAAACAUGAUCCUGACGUAUGUGGAGAAGACCGAGGGAACCACGCUGGUUCAUGGCGUCGGCCUGUGCGUAGCUCUGUUCGUCUCGGAGUUCAGUAAAGCGUUCUUUGCUUCACUCCUCUGGGCCAUAAAUCUGCGCACCGGCAUCCGAAUGAAAGGAGCCUUCAGCAUGCUCGCCUUCAACAAAAUCAUCAGACUCCGAACGCUCAGUGACGUCACUGUAGGAGAGAUGAUCAACGUAUUAACGAGUGACGGCUAUCGUAUGUUCGAGGCGAUGCUUUUCGGCACGUUUCUCCUGUGUAUCCCCAUACUGCUGAUUGUGUGUAUUAUUUAUUCUUGCUACAUCUUGGGAUACACCGCACUCAUUGGAAUCGUCACGUACCUCAUCUUUAUACCCGUCCAGUUCUUAACCGGUCUGUUGAUCAGAGUGUUUCGGAAAAAGACCGUCUCCGUGACGGACAAACGCGUCCGCACCAUGAACGAAGUCCUGACCUGCAUCAAACUCAUUAAAAUGUACGCAUGGGAGGAGUCUUUCGAAAAGAAAAUCAUAGAUAUCAGGAAACAUGAGAAACUGCUUUUGGAGAAAGCAGGAUAUAUCCAAAGUGUGAAUUCUUCCAUGACAGCUGUGGUUCCUUCGCUGGCUACGAUUCUGACCUUCAUCGCUCACACAACACUCCAAUUCCCUUUGCAGCCGUCUACUGCCUACACCAUCAUCGCUGUGUUUAACUCCAUGAGGAUGACGAUGGGACUGCUACCGUUUUCUGUUAAAGCGGUGGCCGAAGCGAAAGUGGCUCUGACACGAUUGAAGAGGAUCCUGAUGAUAAAGAACCCCAACCCCUAUCUGAUCCAGAACAAAGACCAGAGUGACGCUUUAAUGAUGAACAACGCUUCGCUCUCCUGGAAACUCUCCGUUCCAAACGUCCCCGAAAGCCCAGCGACCGUGUCCAACGGGGUGAAGAACGGUAAAGUGGAGCCUGCGGAGGUCAAUCAGAACGGCACACACACACAAGACACAAAACCAACACUAAGGAACAUCACGUUUACUCUUCCCAAGGGUAAUUUACUUGGAGUUUGUGGUAAUGUUGGAAGCGGUAAAACCUCGCUGAUAUCAAGCAUACUCGAGCUGAUGCAUCUUCAGAGCGGAUCUGUCUCGAUAAACGGAACGUUAGCCUACGUUUCACAACAAGCCUGGAUCUUUCAUGGAUCUGUACGAGAUAAUAUUUUAAUGGGAGAACCUUUUGACCAAGAGAGGUAUAACCGUGUUGUCCACGCCUGCAGUCUGAAGCCAGAUCUUGCUCUUCUCCCGUAUGGUGACCAGACAGAAAUUGGAGAGCGUGGUCUGAACUUAUCAGGCGGUCAGAAGCAGAGAGUCAGCCUAGCGAGAGCCGUCUACUCCAACCGAGACAUCUUCCUAUUGGACGACCCUUUGUCGGCGGUCGACGCCCAUGUGGGCAAACACAUUUUUGAAGAGUGCAUCAAGAAAGAGCUAAAGGGCAAGAGCGUGAUCUUGGUCACACAUCAGCUUCAGUAUUUGGAAUUCUGUGACGAGGUCUUGCUCUUGGACAACGGCAAGAUUAAGGAAUGCGGACCACACAGUGCACUGAUGAAAGCAAAUGGUCACUACACACAUCUCAUCAACAACUACCAACCGGAACAUAGCGACGAGAAAAAGGAGGAAGCCCCGACGAGCCCCUCUGUUUCCACGGAGCACACCAAAAAGGCCAGAGCAGGGUCCAAAAGUGAUGGAAUCGUAAAUGCAGCCUUUGACAUGUCUGAUGAGAGACUAAAACCAGCACCUGAUGCUCAGGAUACAAACGAGGGUAAAGACCAGCUCGUCACCAAGGAGGUCUCUCAGGAAGGAUCAGUUACUUUCAGAACUUACCAUGAAUACUGUCGUGCUGCUGGAGGUUACAUUCUGUUAUUUUUUGUCAUGCUAUCCUUCAUCCUGCUGGUGGGAAUGACUGCCUUCUCCAACUGGUGGCUUAGUUACUGGCUAAGUCAAGGCUCUGGGAAUGCAACAAAUCUCAACUCGACCAUCAAUGACAUCUCCAAAAAUCCAGAUCUGGGCUUCUAUCAGUUGGUAUAUGGCUUGAGUGUGGUGGUUAUGGUGGUCCUGAGCGCCGUGAAGGGUUUUACUUUCACUAAAGUGACGCUGCACGCUUCCUCUAAACUCCACGACACCAUGUUCAGAAGGAUCCUGUCCAGUCCUAUGAGCUUCUUCGACACGACUCCUACCGGCCGUAUGGUGAAUCGCUUCAGCAAAGAUCAAGACGAGAUCGACACGGCACUGCCGUUCAACAUGGAGAACUUCUUGCAGUUCUGCCUCAUCGUCACCACCACUCUCUUGACCAUCUGCAUUGUUUUUCCCUUCCUCCUCAUUGUCGUGGCUGCAUUGGGCGCCAUCUUUGCUGUCAUCCUCUACAUCUUCCAGAGGAGCAUUCGAGAGAUGAAGCGGAUGGAGAACGUGAGCCGCUCACCCUGCAUCUCUCUCACUACCUCCGUCAUCCAGGGCCUCAGCACCAUCCACGCUUACGAAAAAGGAGGACAGUACACGCAAAAGUUUAAAGUGCUGAACGAUCAUAACUCCAAUCACUUCCUGUUGUUUAACUGUGGCACACGUUGGCUGUCCUUCUGGCUCGACUUCCUGUCUGCAUCAGUUACUCUGAUUGUGGGACUGUUUGUAGUGCUCAGCCCCAACGACGUCAUCAAUACUUCGCUCAAGGGUCUGGCCCUAUCAUAUACCAUACAGUUGACAGGCAUCCUACAGUUUGUUGUGAGGCUCUCUACGGAAGUGGAGGCGAAGUUUACCUCAGUGGAGAGACUUCUGGAGUACAUCACGGGCUGUGUGUCUGAAGCGCCUCGCAAAGUGAAAGGCGUGGACAUCCCUUUAGGCUGGCCACAGAACGGCUCUAUCACCUUCAAGAACUACAGCAUGAGGUACAGAGAGAACACGCCGAUCGUCCUCGAUCAACUCCAGCUCACAAUCAAACCACGAGAGAAACUCGGCAUCGUGGGGCGUACCGGAUCAGGUAAAUCGUCACUUGGUGUGGCUCUGUUUCGAUUGGUGGAGCCUGCAGGGGGCACUAUUGUGAUCGACAGCGUGGACGUCUGCACUUUAGGUCUCCAGGACCUUCGCAGUCAGCUGUCCAUCAUCCCACAGGACCCGGUCCUCUUUAUCGGAACCGUCAGGUAUAACCUCGACCCGUUUAAUAAGUACACCGAUGAGGAGAUCUGGAUGGCUCUGGAGAAAACCUACAUGAAAAAUGCAAUCUCCAGUUUGCCACAGAAGCUGGACUCGGCGGUCGUGGAGAACGGCGAGAAUUUUUCCGUCGGCGAGAGACAGCUCAUGUGCAUGGCCAGAGCACUGCUUCGCAAUUCCAAAAUCAUUUUGCUGGACGAGGCGACGGCAUCUAUAGACUCAGAGACAGACAGUCUGAUCCAGCACACCAUCAGAGACGUAUUCCGGCACUGCACCAUGCUCACUAUAGCACACCGCAUCAACACCGUGCUCGAGUGUGACCGCAUCCUUGUCAUGGACAAGGGCAAGGUCGUUGAAUUUGAUCGGCCGCAGGAUCUCAUGCAAAAACCAGACUCUGCCUUUGCGUCACUUUUAGCAGCGGCCCACAGCGUCAAGUCCUGAAACACACACACACACACACACAUACACACACACACAGAUCCGCACAGAUUUCCUGCGGUCUGCUCAUCAUUAACUCGGUCAGAAGUCAGAUUUACACACACUGUUUAUACAUAAACACUCAGCAGAUGAGAAUGAGACAAUAACAGUUUCUGAUUAUGAGAAACAGUUCAACAUGUUUAAAGCCAUGCAGAAAGGAAGGUAGGAGAACAUCAUCCAGGUUUCAGGACCGUUUGGUGCCUUGAGGAAGACCGUAUACGAGAGUAUCCUUCGUCGUGGAAUCACUAUGAAAACUCAGACAUUCUGCUUUUUUAGUCUUUAUAUAUGAGGAUAUAUAUAAUAUAUAUAUAUAUCUAUAUAUAAGACUAUAUUAUUUUAUAUAUAUCCUAUACUAUACUAUAAGACUAUAAGACUAUAUUACUUUAUAUAUAUCCUCCAUCACACAUAUAUGUCUUACUUGAGUAUUGAGUCCCUCAAUCAAACCACAGCUAGUCUUCGGUCACAUGAUCAUUCAUCGUACCCAAAAGCACGUUAUUUGAUUUGCACCUUAUUUUUAUUUGACAUCAUUUCAUUUAUCUAUAAAAUGAAACGCUUUCCUCUAAAAAAGGACCCAAAGCUGUUUCUGAAUCAGAACUACUUCUGAUACGAGCUUUGGCUCAUCCUUCAGUUCUCAUAGGACUUAAACCGAUAUACAUUAAAAAUAUGUAUAGAUUUUUUUUUAUAGUUAUAGUUAUAUUUCUGUACAUGUAUGUUGAUCUGAACUAAUGGUAAAAAAUGUUUCUAAUUGUCAAAUGUUUUUGUAUAUUUUUGUACAGUCUCAUAAACUUUCAAUAAAAUACGUAAAAAAAAAAAAAAACAACAACAAAAAAAACGUUCUCAUCUUUAGACUGCACUCGUUUCUCGACGUGAACGCUAGGUAGCGUAGCACCCUCGCGAUAUCCAAACAGGUUGAACCCAGGUUGCAUCAGCGAAAGCGCUCCCUGAUGAAACGAGGUGAAAUAUUUCACUAGGCCCGAAGAGUCCAGACUACUCUGGGAGCAAGAGGUUUACUUUAACUUCGUAAACAUGACAUGACGAUGACAGACGCUGAUCGAUGCAAU